GCAUCGGAAGAAUCAGGUUUCCAUUUGCGCUCUAGCUAGCAGUUCGCUCCGGUAGUCAAGCUAGUCGGCUUAAAUCAAUUUCAGAAAAGCCACACUCAGAUCGUCCAUCUUAUCAGCUCCAUAUGCGUUUGGGUUCCAUUCAGUGGAUGCUGUGAGUAGAAGCGAUCGCAUUCUUAACCCAGAUUAGCGUGAGGCUCCAUCGGCGUUAAUUGUGUUAUCCUGAUAAAUGUGAUUAGAAGAGGAGGUGUGUUAAUUAAAUUCUCCCUUCUAAUUGUGAGAAGUAGCAAAGCUCCGGUGCCGCACCAACGUACGGAUCAGAAAUCAUCCAACCGACGAUCGAGCGAAAGCGGUUACCAGUCUCCGUUUGGAUCCGAAAGUGAAAGGUUUGCAACGAUACCACGCUACCGCAGCCAUGGCCAGUGGAAAGCUCGCGUUCGUGAGUGUGUCGGACAAGUCCGGAUUGGUGGAAUUUGUCAAUCAGUUGCACAACCUCGGUCUGAAGUUGGUUGCAAGCGGUGGUACCGCGAAAACGAUCCGCGACCAGGGGCUACCGGUGCGCGAUGUUUCCACCUUGACUGGUGCUCCGGAAAUGCUGGGCGGUCGCGUGAAAACGCUUCACCCAGCGGUACACGCCGCAAUUCUUGCCCGCACGACCGACUCCGAUCAGCGAGACAUCCGGCAGCAGGGUUACGAGUUGGCACAGGUAGUCGUCUGUAAUCUGUACCCGUUCGGGUUGACCAUCUCGAAGCCGGACGUGACGAUUGCGGAAGCGGUUGAAAACAUCGACAUCGGCGGGGUGACUCUGCUGCGGGCGGCAGCGAAAAACCACCACCGAGUAACGGUCGUAUGCGAUCCGAGGGACUACGGUCGGGUGGUUGAUGAGAUCCGGAAGCACGGAGAUACGACGGAAGCUACACGUCAAGUUUUGGCACUGAAGGCUUUUACUCACACGGCCGAGUACGAUGGACUCAUCUCGGACUAUUUCCGCAAGCAAUACUCGGCGGGCACUUCGCAGCUCAACCUUCGCUACGGCAUGAAUCCGCACCAGAAGCCCGCUCAGCUGUACUCCACCCUGGAGCGAUUGCCCCUGAAGGUGGUCAAUGCUGCACCGGGCUUUAUCAACCUGUGCGACGCACUGAACGGUUGGCAGUUGGUGCGAGAGUUGAAGCGGGCCCUCGGUAUGCCGGCCGCCACCAGUUUCAAGCACGUUUCGCCGGCCGGUGCGGCCGUCGGUGUGCCACUGACGCUCGAGCAAGCGAAACUCUGUAUGGUGGACGACAUGCUCGACAGUCUGACGCCGCUCGCGACAGCUUAUGCGCGGGCUCGCGGAGCCGACCGGAUGUCGUCGUUUGGCGAUUUUGUCGCCCUGUCGGACACGUGCGAUCUGGCCACGGCCAAGAUCAUUGCGCGCGAAGUGUCCGAUGGAAUUAUUGCGCCCGGCUAUACCGAGGAAGCGCUCGAUGUGUUGCGUAAGAAAAAGAACGGCUCGUACUGUGUGCUGCAGAUCGAUCCAACCUACGAGCCGGGACCGGUGGAGCGGAAGACACUGUUUGGGCUGCAGCUCGAGCAGCGCCGCAAUGAUGCCGAUAUCGGGAAGGCCCUGUUCACGAACAUCGUAACGACGAACAAGACGUUGCCGGAGGGCGCCCUGCGAGAUCUGAUUGUGGCGACGAUCGCACUCAAGUACACGCAAAGCAACUCGGUGUGCUACGCCAAGGACGGACAAGUGGUCGGAAUCGGGGCGGGCCAACAAUCGCGCAUCCACUGUACGCGUCUGGCGGGCGAAAAGGUUGACAACUGGUGGUUGCGCCAACACCCGCGCGUCGCCUCGAUGCAGUUCCGGAAGGGUGUGAAGCGGGCCGAAAUCUCGAACGCCAUCGAUAACUACGUGAACGGGACGGUUGGGAAGGAUAUGCCGGUGGCACAGUUUGAGGCAAUGCUGGAGAAGAUUCCGGCACCGCUAACGCAGGAAGAUCGCGAGCGAUGGGCCCGCGAUCUGAAGGGAGUUUCCAUUGGAUCGGACGCAUUCUUCCCGUUCCGGGACAACGUGGAUCGGGCAGUGCUGAGCGGUGUGUCGUACAUCGCAAGUCCGUCCGGCUCAACGAACGAUGCAGGGGUGAUCGAGGCAUGCAACGAACAUGGCAUCGUUAUGGUGCACACUAAUCUUCGACUCUUCCACCACUGAUCGACCCCGACACGAUCCAUAAGACGUUGUUUUCUUGAGAAGCAAUCAAGCAGUCCUGGUGGGGAUCGGCUGGACGGUAAUCUGCAGCUACAUUUUAGCAUAGUUUUGUGUUUCUGAUUAUUAUGAAGUACAGUGAUGAUGAUCGUGUAAUAAAAUGCAACUCGCGAUUA